AUGGGUUUAGCCGCAACACCUGCGCUACUUCGCUACUUCGCUACUUCGGGACUUGCUUCUCGACCACUUCUGAUACACCGCAGCACCUCACACAGAGAAAGACAUCCUCUCAAUAUGACCAUGGCCUAUACAAAUUAUUCAAACCCAGAAUCGCUCACGGAGCUGUCCAGCAUCGUGGAGCGAACGCUCAUUGACACGGGUCGCUUAUUUCGCAAGUCUGGUUCGAUGCCGUCGCGAACCCAUCUCCAACGAUCCAUCCCUUUGUAUCAUGACAGUUUCCAAAAUGCCCUGGAUAAUCUAUCAGAGCAAAUCUUCAUUGCCAAAGCAUUUUUGGAAAAGGACUACGAGGCGCUCAAGGCAACUAGCGCACCAGUUCACGUCGAAGAUGUAGCCAUGAGUGAUGUGGAUGAACAGAUCAAGGUGGAAGAUCAGCCGCCACUCACAGGGAAACCCGAAAAGGAUAUUGACAUGGAAGCGCCCAAAGUCGAAGAAGUCCCUGUGGGCCAACCAGCUCCUGCAGAGACCAAACCCGAGCCCAAGGAGGAGCAACAACAGCCUAUCAAACAGGAAGGGGCCAACGCACCCGACCAAGCAUUCCCUGGCACGAAUGAAGACCUCACAUUUGAUUCCGUCCUAAACGAUGGUGGUAACACCAAUGAUUUUGGUCUCAGUUUGGACUUCAAUGAUGACGACAUGGGCAAUCAAGCUUUCCUCUCCGGGUCGAACUUCACGGGUGGCGCCGACAAAUCAAACACUCCCCAGCCUCCCACUGGUGGCGGUGCAUUCGACAUGGAGUUGCAGAAGACCGAAGGGGGCGAAGGGAACUUCCUGGAGCAGGGAAAUACGGAAGACUUCAUGGGCCCCGCGGAGUCCAACUUUGACGAUCUGUUCCUGGAUACCGAAAAUUUCGAAGAGAACGGUGGGGACUUUAAUCAAUUAGAGGGGGACAGUCUGAUGAACGUCAAUGAGUUGGAUGAUAAUUGGUUCAACUGA